AUGGGCAAUUUUUUUGUGAUACCGCUUAGUUAUCAAAUCCCGGAACAUUUGUUACUUCUGAUCCUUCCUAAAUCUAGACCUAAUAUCUAUGAACGUAAAUACUUGACACCUCCCGAUCUCGUAACUCUCCUCUUAUUUCUAGAUAUGGGCGUAAUAAAGCAUUUUAUUAACUGUGUCCGAAUGACAAUUCCUCAUCAAGUUGCAGAACCCGGGAUCCUAGCCAAAGGAUCGAUGUGCUGUAAUGUUUUGCUAAGAAUGACAAGGCUCACUGACGAUGCCGACUACGAUGCCGGUGAGAUGUCUGGAAAUCUAGCAAGUCUAUGGUUCGACUCUGGAAAUUAG